UAAUUAAUGGCCUGACUGCUGGCCAAAGAAGAAACCCAAUUCCCUAUCAGAAGCAUGGCUUUAUUUCCACAGGAAACCAUAUCCUAGUCCAUGUCAAAAGGCUCCUGCAUUUUUUAACAUGCUCUGUGUCAGAUUCUUCCACAUGAAGCAGCUUGUUCUUAAAGAAACAAAACAAAAAAGCUCUUCAGUGAAUUCAUUAUCCUGAAUCUACUGUUUGUUCACCAUGGAAGAAGGCAUGUACCUUACAUCUGAAGAACAUAUCCCCAUGACUUCACGGUCUUGGCUCUUGAAGAAAAAAAGAAAUUCUGUCUUCCCUGCUGCAGAAAGCCAAAACAAAACAGAGGCCUGGGUGCAAACAGUUAUCCCAUCCAGCUCUCAAGUGACAGAGGAGUCAUUGAGAAGUGACGCUGAGCCCAAAUCACAAACAACCAUCAGCUCAUCUAUCCCUCUGCCGGGCAGUAUUAUGGACUACAUGGAUGAGCUGCAAAUGCAUCCUCCAUGCGCUGCAAAAAGCGCUGCCAUUGCUGAGGAAGCUGGACACGGUGAAAUCAGGCAGGGCCAAUCUUGGUUGAACAAACUGAGCUUCAACAAGAACAAGCUCUCAUUUGUGACAUGCCUGAAUGAAAGGAAAGGAAACAAAACUGCACAAAAAGGUCAUCCCAGUGCUCCUAGAGUGCUCUUUCAUGACAAUCAACUGGAUGGAUGCCUGUCCAAAGAAGAACAGCUUUACAUUCCAUACAGACUAGCAAAAUUAUAUAUUACCAAGAUUGCUAAAGACAUGCAUCAGAUGAAAAUUGGAUACAUGAAGGCAAUCAAAGAGCUGGAGCAUGUAGGAAGAGAAAACCAGGAACAAGCUAUGAUGGCUCUGAAAAAUCAAUAUAGCAACAAAAUGAAGAACUUGCGAGCUCAGCUGGAGGCCUAUCAAGAGACAGUAGACAAGAAAAACCAAUACUGGCAAGACACAACAAAGAAACUGAAGGAAGAAAAUAGAAUACUGAGACAAGAGAAAGAAGAGCUGGCAAAUCAGAUCACACUGCAAAAGGAAAAAUGGGGUGAUGAAAAGGCUUGGCUGCUCACGAGCACAACUCAAAAGCUAGACUGCCUGCAUAACCAGCACGCCUUAACUAUUGAAGAACUUCAGAGGAGUAGAGUAAACCUUGAAAAAGUGGAGAAAAUUGUAGAUUUUCAAAUGGACUUACCCUGUGAUCAACGAAGGGCAUUAAUUAUAUCGGAUGAGGUAACAGAAAAAGGAAUCACAGACCAUAAUGCGGGAGGGGAAAAGUCUGAUGUCACAACACAGGAGUCAGAGACUACAGAACCUGCUCAAAGGUCUACCUCUGUUGUGGUGGAGAUGGAGGAAGCGCAUAAUGGUUUGCCACAAAAGAAACUUCUGUUGGAAGUGAAAGCCACCUUGGAGCUGGUCAAAGGGUCUUUACACAAACGGGAGACAGAGAUCAGUGAACUUCUGCAAAAUGGACAUUGGUGUAACUCUCAAAUUACAGAUACGUUGUUGACAGAGUCUGCUGUAUAUUAGCUAGUGAAGAUAUAUUUGCUUAGUUAAGACACAGACCAGCUAUGGACUGAUGCUUCUAUCCCUAAAUGGACUAGGAUCUAGUUUAUACUGUCUCUUAUAGUUUACCCUCAUGGAGCUACAAUUCCCAACACCCUUAACAACACC